AUGAUUUCCAAGUUGCUUUUGGUAGCUUUUAUUGCUACAAUAACAUCAUGUACCACACUCUUGCAGGCUACUACUCAUGGAUCUCCCCACCAGAGGCCAUAUCGCCUCUUGCAGGCCUACGGUGGCGGAUACGCCGGUGGUUCUGGUGCCGGAAUGGGAGGCGCUGGAGGAUUUGGAGGCGGUUCUGGUGGUGGUGGUGGUGGUGUCAUCAUAGGAGGUGGAUAUGGUGGCGGCAAUGGAGGUGGAAAUAAUAAUGGAGGCUAUGGUGGUGGCGGUGGUGGUGCUGGAUAUGGUGGUGGUGGUGGUGCUGGAUACGGUGGUGGUGGUGCUGGAUACGGUGGUGGAAUAGGAGGGUUUGGUGGCGGAUUAGGCAGUGGUUUUGGUGGGGGCAUUGGUGGACACGUUGUCAAUGGGCUGCGACCAUGA